UGUCGCCAUAGUUGUAAUUUUGUAUUGUAAAUAUUUUAUAUUUACUUUUAAUGUUAUCUGUUGUUGAAACUGUCAAUUGUUUUGUUUUUAAACUAUACUCGAGUGCCACCAUCGGUCAAGAUGUGAACUAACAAAGGAAUUUACAAUUCUGACAGUUGGUGUCAUAUAUGUGUUUGGAAUAUAAAUGACCCGAUUCCAGCAGCCACAGGUGCCUUAAUACAUCCAGAGGAACACUAAGUAUGCCACACAAAUGUAGCUAAUUGCGCAGCGCACGAUGCCGUUCAAGUUGAAACUGAAGAAGUCGCGCCACUACAGCGUCGUCUCCAAGUCGUUGUUUGUUAUCUCUGUGGAGCUGCUUGAUGGCACCAACAUCGAGUGUACGCUUUCGUCGGAAAGCACCGGACAAGACUGUCUGGACGUGGUCUGCCAGAAGCUGGGACUCAAUCAACCCAAAUUCUUUGGGUUGCAAUACAUGAGCAAAGGCAGGGACACUCUGACAUGGCUGGAACUUGAUAAACCCAUCAAAAGGCAGUUGGAUAAACAUGCAAGACACCUGUGUGUUUACCUGCGCGUCAUGUACUAUGUCGUUUCGGGUGUGCGUUUGUUUAAUGAUGAGGUUACCAGGAAUCAUUACUUUUUGCAAUUGAAACUUGAUGUGAUUGAGGGGAAAAUCAGUUGCACACCACAGCAGAGUGUUGAGCUGGCUAGUUUUUGUAUGCAGGCGGAGUUUGGGAACUUUGAUGCUGAAAGACAUACUGCCCACUAUGUAAAAGACUUUCAACUAUUUCCAAAGUGCUUCACCGAUCCGGAGUACUUGGAUAAACUCACUGACGCCGCCAUCAGGCAACACGCCGCACUACAUAAUAUCCAACAGGGAACAGCGGAGGAAUAUUACAUUUGUGCAUGUCAACAUCUUGAUGGUUACGGUCAAGAGACCUACAUAGCUAAAGAUCGCGCAAAUGAAGAUGUCGUCGUUGCUGUUUCACUCACAGGAGUUACUAUUAAUUAUCCAAGUGGUAGAAAUGGUAAAAGUUACGGUUGGGUUGAUAUACGUAAUGUAAUCAAUAACAAGCGUGAUUUUACGAUUGAAUCCGUGGUAGAUGGCGAUAAAGGUGAAGUUUUCCACUUUCCGGACGUAGAAAGUGCGAAAAACGCUUGGGUAUUCUGUGUCCUACAGCAUACAUUUUAUCGCGCGCAUGAAAACCUCGUAGAACCAGACAGUAAACCAAACCUACCGAAUUUUCAACAAACUGCCGCCGUAGAACCGAAGCGCGUGCGCGAUAGCUACGAAGACAUUGCCUACGAACAAUCAAUCGGUAGUCUUGCACAACGCGCACAAUCAACAUCUUGCCUCGAUCUUAACACCAGCAACUCAGACGCGGAUCAACUACGCAGUUUACUGCCUUCGUAUCGACAAGCGCCCGACUACGACACGGCCGUACAACAAAAGUAUCGUAACUCAGCGAGUGCGCUCACCACGCCUGGUCCAAUGCAACGAAACACUGCCUGUGUGUACAGCUCCCAGCCGGAGAUCCGUGAGUACGCGUCACAUCUCUGUUAUCCAGAUGUCACACACAAUAACAUCGAACAAGCGCAGCAGGCGCAAGGUAAAAUGGCGAACCUUUACAAUUCGGGUUACACUCAAUCGCAGAGAUUGUCUGAUAAUCAAGGUUAUCAGGAAAUGUCCGAACAAAUGCGCCUCUUGCACUUGUGUAAACCCCCGCCGCCAUAUCCCAACAAUCGAAUCAGUAGCAAUUCAACACCGGACCUCGCCGGUAUUGGCAUGUCACAAGUCAAAACCAACAGCACGUUUAUCAACAACAUCGUCUCGGGAAGUAGUCCUGAUUUAGUGUCGAUGAACCAACACUAUCGCUACCAUCAGCCUAUGUAUAAUAACGUACAUAGAUCGCAAAGUUAUUUACCACCGCAACAUGGAACUUAUGAAAACCUUGCAUCGAUAUUUAAUAAUAAUAUGUUAGGUCGACCGCAUCAAGCCGUCAUCGUCGAGAAUCCUAACAUAACCAAACAUAUUAAGAAAGUCUACGAUGAACACGGGAAUAUUAUCUAUUGCAUGCCUUCUAACAUGAAGCAAAUCCUCGAGGAUAAUCAAUUAUCGACGCAGGGUUUUGUCGUCACGCGCAAUGCGAUCGUACCGAAUUCAACGCCGACCGACUUGAAUAAUCUCCACAGCUCACAGGAACCCAUCUAUGAGAAUAUCCCGCUUGCAUGGCAGCAUGAGAAUAACUCCAAUGGCGGUAUGCGUGCGAGAACGCAGAGUAUUCAAUCCGCCCCGGAAGUGACGCCGAGUAAGUCACAACUGGUUACGAACGUUGCAACAUCGUCGCCGAAAGAGAAUGUCUACGCGAAUAUAUCGCACACGAGCGUGAAUGUGGAAUCGGGUAAUACUUCCGCAAUGGCACCGCCUCCGUUGAUUGUCAACGUUGCGGACUCGCCGAACGCAAUUAGUCGCACGAACACUUUCAUCAUCAAUAAAAACUCCUCCUCGUUGAAUUCGUCGACGUCGAGUCGGCAUUUUACGGAUUCGGGGAAUAUAAGCAAUGAUACGUUCACGACUGAUGCCAGUACGACGUCGAGCGGUGGCGGUACGGGUCAGAAAAAAAAGAAACGCUGGGCGAUACUCAUGGGACGCAGUAAAAGUAGCGAAAUGAAGAGUGCUACCCUGGGUCGAGAGAAGGAAAAAGAUAAAAAGGAUAAGAAUCAAAGUAAUAAUCGCCAUAGGUGGUCGACGGGAUUGCCGAGAUUACCGCCGGCACUACCGCCAUCUAUCAGUAAAGAAACAAUGUGUCAGUUAUUGGAAAACAAACUCGCGGAUAAUCAACUCUUCUUUGAGUUUGAUAAAAUACCGAAAAAGAAGCAAAAUGCUGAUUUUCACACAGCGCACUUACAAGAGACGCAGCCAUUGAAUCGCUUCCAGGAUGUUUUGCCCUACGAAGACAAUCGGAUUAAAUUAACGCCCACUAGAGAUAACAAAUAUGGUUAUAUCAACGCAUCUCAUAUUACUGCGACAGUUGGUAGUAAACAACGUUUUUAUAUCGCCGCACAGGGCCCAACACGCGUCACACUUCCGCAUUUUUGGCAGUGCGUGUGGGAAUCCGAAGUUUACUUAGUGGUGCAACUGACUGAAGCGAAUGAGGACUUGACUUACCUUCCCGAUUCACACGGUAGGAGUAUUGACGUCGGACAGGAUUACCAAAUAUUGUGGGAGUUUUCCCAAAAGACUGGUCACUGCGUGACGAGUAAGGUACGUCUGUGUCACGUGAUGACGCGUAGAUAUCGCACGCUCUGGCAUCUACACUACACCGAUUGGGGUGAGGCGGGUUGCCCACGUUCGGUGUCACAUUUUCUUGGUUUCCUCGAAGAACUGCAAUCUGUGCAGGUGCAUUCAAUGGUUGAGAUUCCCCCUGGUCAUAAUAAGAACCCGCCGGUGUUGGUGCACUGCACGGCUGGCGUGGGUCGGACGGGAUUGACUGUUUUAUGCGAUCUUUUGCUAUAUACAGUCGAUCAUAAUCAAGAAGUGGAUAUUCCAAGAGUAGUCGGACUGCUGCGCCAUCAACGCCCGCAUAUGGUGCAAACGAUAGCGCAAUAUCGUUUCGUUUACUCGCUGCUAAUACACUACAUCAAGCAGAAUCGCUUGAUUUAAACACGCGUCGUGCCAUUACUCAGCUUUUAACGCUCUCGGAUUAUCGUCGUCGGAUUGCGCCACCCUUCCAAGUGUUGUACACACAUGCUCCUCUAACGCUUGUUUGACGCCCAGUAUUUUACUAUGAAGAUGAUUAUUAUGUACUUAACGAUUAGAUUUAAGUCGGACACGCAGCUAUGCCUUUGUGCUUUAAAUAAUUGACGCGAAUUUUAGGGAAUAUUACAAAACGGCUGUGUAUAUAUUCGUUUUUAAGCGCAUGGAGAUUGAAAGAAAUUAACAAAUAUCUAUAUAUUGUAUUGUAACAUGUAGAGAUAAGGUUAUUGCCUUGUUUUUUAAAUCAGUAUGACAUUGUGAUGCCAGUGCCUUAAUUUUAAUGUAAUAUUUUAGCUGAUAAAAUAAAGAUGUGAAUCAAGA